AUGGCUGUAAACAAUUAUCCACUUAUUCUUAAACUUACAUAUAAUGAGAUGAAAGAAAUUAAUACAUUAACAUUAAACCAGGAAUCAUUAGUAAGGAAUCAUAUUGUUAAUGCAUUACAAAUUUAUGAACAACGACAUAAAACUAAUAUUACCGAAGAAAAUGUUGUAGUUAUACUAACAACUUUUUUAGUUAUUUUACAAACAAAAGAAAUACCAGAGGAAGUACAUUUAAUUGUAUGUAUUGCAAUGAGAAAAAUAUUAAAAUUUUUAAACAACAUUGAUAAAGCAAAAUACUUUAUUUCUUCAUUUAUUUUUACUCAAAUUAAAGAAAUUGAACAAAAAGACAAAAUUAUUAUUCAAAAAUUACUUUUUAUUAGAGAUUGUUUGGAAUAUGAAAAUGACAUAUGUAUUCUUAAAAAAGGUAUUAAAUGGUUUAUUCAAUUAUAUGGUAAUUUAAUUAAUAGUAACAUAAAUAUAUUUAUAAACAAUAAUAUUUCUAUAAUAUUAGAAUGUUUAAAUAAUGUUCUACAUUCAAAAAUUUCAUAUUUUAUUCAAACAGAAAAUGGUUCUGAGUUACAUGACUUUUUAUUAUUUUGUUUAAAUUAUAAUUAUUGUGAAUAUGAAAAGGUUUAUAUGUUAGUUAUUCGUCAGAUACAUGAUAUUUAUAAUGAGUAUUAUCUUUUAAUAAAACAAACAAAUGCAAUUUUUAAAGUCUUUAAAAAAGAUAUUAUUCCUCAUUUACUUACUUUAAUUUCUCUUCAAAAUAUUAUUUCUACUGAAGAGUAUCAUCUUUCUCAAGAAGUAUUUUCAUUUUUAAAUGAUAUUUUCAAUAAUUCAUUUAAAAUGAAAGUAGAAAUGGAAAGUUAUCUUGUUCAAAUGAUUUAUUUAAUGGAUUUUAUUUAUAAUGAUCGUACAGAUUCUAAAUAUCAAAUUCCCAAGGAAAGAGGAGAUCAAAUAUUACAAUGUAUUUAUACUAAUCUGAAAAGUGUAUUAUCAAUGAAUAAUUGUAUGGCAAAAUUAUAUAUUAAUUAUGAUUGUGAUGAAUAUUGUACUGAUCUUUUUCAAUUUUUUAUAAUGACAUUAUUUAAACAAAUUAAUGCACAAGGUUAUCAUUUACUUCUUCCUUUAACUUUACAAUGUCUUCAAAUGAUUGUACCAUUUAAACAAAAUGGUGGUUUUGAUUGGAAAACUUCAUUAAAUAGAAAAAAAGAAUGGAGAGUUAUUGGUGCAUUAUUUAAUGAUAAUUUUGAAAUUGGUAUUGAUGAAUAUUUGAAAUUAAAUAACUUUAAAGAGAAAACAACUAAUAUCAUCGCUCAAAUGUUUGUAGAAAUACCACAAAUUAAUAAAAUUAAAAUGGUAGAAUAUUUUUUACAACCAAAUGAAUUUAAUGAAAAAGUAUUUAUUGAUUAUAUUAAAAAAAUAGGAUAUGUGACAAUGUCAUUAAGUCAAGCAUUUAUUUCUAUUAUAAAGAAUAUUUGUUUACCUCAAGAUAAAUUAAAAACAAAAAAGUUAUUUGAUCUUUUUGCUAAAGAAUAUAUUAAUGAACACCCAAAUGAAAAAUGUUCUUCUAAUGACAUUUCAAAUGCAUUUAUUGAAAUAUUAUCAAAACCUUCUUCUUUUGAAGAAUAUUUAAAUAUAUUAAAAGAAAAUUGUUGUAAUAAACAUGAAUUAAACCUUAUUUUCUUAUUUGUUUCUUCUCAUCCUUUAAUUGUAUUGAAUAGAUUACCAACUACAACUCCAACAUUAUUAUUAAAUGAAGAAAUAGAAUUAAGAGAGUCAUUAUGUAGAAAAGAAGUUGAAGUUAAUACAGAAGUUUAUAGUCAAUUUUAUAACAUUUUUUGUAAUUUAAUUCUCAGCGUAUUAGCCAAAUCAGAACGGUUUAAUGAACUAGAAAAAAAUUUAUAUGAACAAAUAAUUCUUCAUUCAAUACAAUUUGAUGAAUAUGUUAUUAUUAAAAAUUCUAUCCAUCAAUUACUUCAAUUAAGUGGAAUAUUAAUUGAAGAUAAAUUCUUUUAUGAACCAAUAAAAUUACAUGCUACAAUUACUUUAAUUCAACAAAUAAGUGAAACUCUUCCUUUUCUUAUUGAAACUAAAGAAGUUGUGUUAUUUAUUGCCAAAUUAGAAGAAUAUGACCUUAUUAUUAAAAAUAAAUCUAAACCAUUUAUUUCAUUUAUUCAAAUAAAACAAGAAGAAAGCAGUUGGUUUAGUACCUUUUUAUAUAAUAAUUCAAACCAUGACAAAAUAAAAGAAUAUAUUAAAGAUAAAACUAAAGAUAUUGAUUUAUUUAAACAAUUAAAUGAUGAUAAUGUAAUUAAAUUUAUUAAAUUUCUUAUUAAUCUUAUUAAAGAAGUAAAUGAACACGAACGAUUAGAAAUUCUUACGGUAUUACAACUUAUUAUAUUUUCUAAAUCAGAACAAUUAAUAAAUAUUAUUCCAUUAUUAUUAAAUGAAAAAAUUUUUGCAAUUGAAUCAUUCUCAUUCUUUGAAUUAUGUUUCAAUACUAUUGUUUUUUCAUUAACAAUAAAUGUUUCAACAAAUAUAGAACAUUUGAUUGAUUUUAUUUCUUCUCAACCUUAUGAACAUUUUACUCCUAUUAAUCAUCUCGUACAAUUAUUUUUUGAGCAUAUGACUAAUAACCCAACUGCUGUUCAACGUAUUGUUGAAAAGAAACCAAUUUUAAUGCCAAUUGCUUGUAACGAAUUAUUAAAAACAGUCAAUUCUUUAACAGUUAAAACAGUAUGUUCAUUUAUUCAACAUUUACCAAGUGGUAAAGCAAGAGAUUCAAUUAUUAAAACAUUAAUAUUAGCUGUAAAAACAAAUGAAACAAAUGAAGGAUGGGAAGAUUGUUUAAAUGAAUCAAUUAAAACAAUGAUAUUAAAUCAUUCAAUAGAAAAAGAAUGGUUAUCUCUUUGUAAAAAACCAGAAGUUCAAAUAAAUAAAAUCAUUGAACAACUAUCUAACAUUACUAUCAAUGAAAAAGAAACUAAUAUUAUUGCUCAAAUUAUACUUGAACUAAUUUAUUUACAACGAGAAAAGAGUUUUAAUGAAAAUAUUGAAAAAGAAGGUAUUCAAAUAUUACUAAGAUGUUAUCAACUAAAUAAGGAUAUUGGUCAAAUGAUUCAAAAACAAUUCCAAUCUUUACAAACUCAAUAUCCAAAAGAAUUUGGUGAAGGAACAUCUUUAUAUACAAAUAUUAUAAAACUUUUACCAAAAGAAUUGUAUCAAGACUGUCUCCCACAAGAUGAUAAUAAAGAAAUUAGAGAAGAAGUAGCUGUUGAUGUGAAAGAAAUAAAAAAUGAAAACAGUUAA